UUGUUUAGAUUUUUGAAAAUAAUAUUGUUUUUAGCGAAAAGAAAUGUUUUAGUCUAGUGUGUUCUAUGUUGUUUCAUAAGAAUAUAUAAAAUGAGCCAUUUUGAGUUCUGCAUACCCGUUCAAAAGGAUGAGCUCUUGGAGUCCCACGCCGGGCAGUAUCACGUCGAAGAUGUGGUCCAGCCGCGGCUACUCCUUUCCAAAAUACAAGAUGCUGCUAGAGCGUACAAUGCUGAAGGGGUUGAAUAUAUUCUGGAACACUUUGACACCUACUUCUCUAUCAUAGUUCAUGGCACCAAGCUGGAAUGGGCCAUAAUAAACAAAGGUUUUGAUCACAUAACGAGAGCAGCCAAGAAUAUGUGUAACCACUUGGAAGUUAUAUUUCAAGAUAAAGAAAUAGAUCCCGAUGUCAGAGUGAAAAACUUGAAUGUAGUUAAAAUGACAAUGUAUUUGUUCAGCAGCAUCAUGAAAACCAAAGACGCUAAGCUAGCAGCUGAUAACUCAACCAAGCUGACCCUGGGUAAGAAAGGCAAGAAGGCGACGGACGACGAGGAGUUCUGUGGCUGGACGGAGGCGGACAAGCAGGCUGCACUGGUGUCCCUCUACUUGGUGCUGCAGCAGCCACUGUCGCGCCUGUGGGACCCCCCACUCGCUGAGGACAACUUUGUUUCCAUGGUAGCUGAUCCAUGCUACAAGGCUCUGGAAGAACAAAUCAUCAAGAACAAAGCUGUCCGAGAGACUGUGUUCCAAGUACUUGGGGUUCUUAUAAAGAAGUACAACCAUGGCACUUCAUGCCUAAUCAAACUUGUGCAGGUUCUACAAACACAUGAACAUUCAGUGUCACCAAUUUGUGCUGGCGUGGUGCAACUGACUAAAGAGUUCGACCUGACCACUUUUGGACCUCAGAUGGUGCGCGAGAUAGCUGAGGCGCUGUCGCAGACGGAGGAGGGCGAGGGCGGCGGCGCGGCGCGGCACUGCGGCGCCUUCCUGCUGGAGCUGGCCACCGCCCUGCCGCAAGAGAUGACCGCCGCCAUCGCCACGCUGCAGCCCUAUCUAGAGAGUGAUGAGUCGUACACGCUCCGCAUCUCAGUCCUGGGCAUGAUGUGCUCAGUGAUCAGCGCGGCGCUGAGCGGCGAGGGGCUGGACGACGCGGCGCGCGCGCGGCGCGACGACAUGUUGGACGACCUGUAUGAACACAUGCACGACUUGUCGGCGUAUGUGAGGCAUAAGGUGCUACAAUUCUGGACGCGGCUGCAGCGCGAAGGCGGCGUGCCGGUGAGCCGCCAGCGCGCCGUGCUCACGCGCGCCGCCGCCCGCCUCAAGGACAAGGCCGCUAUUGUGCGCAAGGCCGCUAUACAACUGCUUAAGGUCUUCCUAGAAUGCAACCCAUUCUCAGCACAAUUAAAACUAGAAAUUCUCGAACAACAAUUAGCAGAAGAAACGAAAAUAUUGGAAGAUCUUCAGAAGAAGCUCAAUCCUGGACCAGAUCCAAAGUUGGUAGAAAAGUGGGAUAAAAUCGAAAAGGAUGUUAUUUCUACUAUAAAAGAGAACAUAGACACAAUGACCCAAGACGAACCAGAUCUGUCUCAGGCUACCUUAGAAAAUUUGUAUGAUUCCAUCCGCAAGAGUAUGAAAGAUAAACAGUACUACAAAGCGUAUCUUAUGGUCAAGCACACUGAGAGACAGUAUCCUGAUGCUAAACUGCUUAGAUGCCAAAUGGAGAAGAGUGAUCAAAUCGAAUACUUCGUAGCACUCCUGCGCAACGUAUUCAUCGUCCCCGAGCGGCCAGAGUCCUCGCUCACUCAGCAAUGCGAGAACGAGCUAGCGCUAUACAAGCGAGUGGAAGAGAAAGAGGGCAUCGUGGCGUUUCUGCAGGAAUCAGUGCAUUUCAGUCGCACGAUGUCUGAGGCCGUACCGUUAAUUAACUCGCUGUUGAUGUCGAAGCAAGCGGGUGACGUCAGUGAGGCGAUUGAGUUCUUUACCGCGGCGCAUCACUUCAAGAUCGAGUCGGCCAAGAUGGGCGUGGCUAAUAUGCUGUUGCUGGUCUGGUCGCCUGAUCAGGACAAGCGCGAAGCGGUAGAACGCGCGUACCGCGACAUGUACCUCGAGUGUGAGACAAAGGCCGAGCGAGCGCGCGCGUUCACCAUCGCGAAGAACCUUGUCGCACUCAUGUCGCACGUGGACCGCGGCAGCGCGCUGGCGCUCGAGCAUCUCGUGGAGAAGUGGCUGGAGAAGGGGGACAUAUCGCCCUCCAUUAUACAGGUAUUCUGGGAGAUGUUCCUCAAGAAGAUCGACGGCACAACAGACACGGACAGCUACGCGGCUCUCUCAUUACUAGUCAUGGUCGCACGAGCCAAGCCCUCCGUGGCGCUGGCUAACAUGGACGUGGUAUUGCAACAUGGGCUGACGGCUGAUUACCAUGCGAGGACUUUGAGUGCUCAGUUGUUGUUGGCUCUAGGGAAGAAGAAUAACAGAUACCCAGCUGAGCACGCGAUCUUCACCGCCGUCUACGACAGUCUCAUGGACACGUUCUCCAAGUGCAACAAGUUCAACGCUUUUGCAGCGAACUGCAUAGACCUAGUCUACGCCACCUGCGACACUCCCGACACCGUCUGCUCCAAGAUCCUCACAGAAAUGUACCGACGGAUGGAAGAGCUGAUAGUGAAGGAUGUCGAAAAUGAGGAGGAAGCCAGUUUCCCGACGGAACUGUUGAUCCGGUUUGUGUUUGUGCUGGGCCAAGUGGCGCUGCAGCAACUGAUCUAUCUGGAUAUUUGCGUGUAUAGCGAGCUGAGGAGACGGAAUCAGGUUCGUGAAGACCGCAAAGUGGAAGAGAAGCGCAAGAAGAAGGCCGGUCAACUAGCCACGCCGGGCCGCAAGCGCGGGCCCGUGGCCGACCUGCGCCGCCAGACGCUCAUGAACGCCAGCAACGCCAGCGCCUCUUCAAGACACCAUAAUAGGUCUACUAGUGUGACGUCUAAGGGACCUUCGGUGAACACAACAAUGACGGAAGACGAGGCGGGCCUAGAAGGCGCGGUGGCGGACGACGCGGACGCAGAGUACGUGCGCAGCGUGUGCGAGCGAGACAUCGUGGGCCCGGACGCCUCGCUCGCACGCUACCUGCCGCUGCUGAGGCAUCUGCUGACUAAUCCGGCCAAAUGCACGCCGAAGCUGCAGGCCGCUGCUGCGCUUACUUUUACCAGGUUCAUGCUAGUCUCCAGCACCGUCUGCGAGGAGGGCCUACAACUCAUGGUGACAGUACUCAAGCGGUCCAAGAACGUGGCGCUCCGCACCAACCUCACCAUCGCGUUCUCCGACCUCACGCUGCGCUUCCCCAACCUCACGCAGCCGUGGACGCACCACAUCUACCACAUCCUAAGCGACGAAGAGCUAGAAGUGCGUCAGUGCGCAGUGAAGAUGCUCUCAUUCCUCGUCCUCCACGAGAUGGUUCGCGUCAAGGGUCAGAUCGCGGACAUGGCGCUGUGUUGCGCGGACAAGGACCCUCGCGUCGCCGCCAUGACGCGGCUGUUCUUCAAGCAGCUGUCGCAGAAAGGAAACGCCCUGUAUAACGUCAUGCCGGAUAUUAUAUCGAGGCUGAGCGAUCCGGAGCUGAAUGUGCCUGAGGAGCAGUAUAGGGUGAUUAUGAAGUACAUAACAUCGCUCAUACAGAAAGACCGUCAAAUGGAAGCGCUAAUAGAGAAACUGUGCCAAAGAUUCAAGCUAUCCACCGAGGAGAGGCAGUGGCGGGACCUCGCCUACUGUUUAUCUCUGUUCUCAUACAACGAGCGCUCGCUCAAGAAGCUCAUGGAGAACAUGGACUGCUACAAGGACAAGCUGCACUGCAAGGGAGUGAUCGAGUGCUUCAACACGCUCAUGAGCAAUACUAACAAAAUGGCUAAGAAUGAAAUUAAAGCGCUAGUACAAGAGCUAAGCGACAAGAUAGAGGAGUGCUUCGCGGUGACGGACAAGGACGCGGACGAGGAGAUGGAGGAGAGAGGGGAGCCCCGCGCCGCCCCCGCGCCCCGCGCCACCCCGCGGAAGAAACCCGCCCGGAGGAACCGGCGCAAAUCCUCGUCUAGUAAUGAUGAGAACGAAGCCCCGAAUGAAGAAGCUCCGCAGUCAGUGAGGAAAUCGAAUAGGCGCGGCGCCGCUAGGAAGCAAGUCUCCGCCAGUCACUCCGAUGAAUCGGAUGAGGAGGACUCUAACAAGAAGAAUGAAGACGAAGUGUUUAAGAAACCUACCAUAAGAAAAACAACGCGUAAACGAAAGUGAUAUCCAUGAAAUGUAAUAAUAAUACGUAAUAUUAGUAUAAUGUUGUACCCCAGGUGGGUUAAUUGUGCCACAAAUUGUUUUAAAAGCCUAGAAUAAGAAGUAA